AAAAUAAAACAAACACACACUUCUAGCAAAGAUAAAAAGAGAGAAAGACAGAAAGAGAAAGAGGAAAAGAACACACACACACACACUAUGGCAACAUCAACAUCAACAUCCACACCCGCUCCCCCCUCUACCUCACGUCUCAAAGCAACCGUCUUCGUUGGCGGCCUCGACAACGCAGUCACCCAGCAAACCCUCUACCACGCCUUUCUCCCCUUUGGCGACAUUGUCGAUGUCAACCUGCCCAAAACCGACAACAACUCUAGCAAUAACAACAGCAGCAACAGCAACGCUUCCGGCGGUGGUGGUAAGAAGGGGGAUGGCGCGCACAAGGGUUUCGGCUAUGUCGAGUUUGAGAGCGCCGGCGAUGCUGCAGAUGCCAUCGACAACAUGGAUCGCAGCGAGUUGUAUGGUCAGGUCAUCAAGGUUGCGCCUGCGAAGCCGCAAAAGGAGCAUGGUGAGGGACUGGGGAGUAAGACGGCCGUUUGGGAGCAGGAGGGCUGGAUAGCGAAGCAUGCCGUCAGCGAGGAGGAUCGCCAGGCAACCCAACAGCAGACAGAACAAGCACCCAGCGACGGGCCCAUGGAUCCCAUGCAAGGUCUCGAGGGGUUGGACGAGGCUGGCCCAAAGCAAGCAUAG